UGAUUACUCGCCAGCACCCAGUGAUCGAGGAGCAUUACUAACUGAGGGGAGAGAACUGUAUGUAAACCAUACAGUUCUCUCCCAUCAGCUCCUGUACACUGUUUUGCAUGGCUCUGCAUAGCAGAGCCAUACAAAGCAGUGUGCUUACAGUGAAGCACACACAAACAGCACAAAGUAAAAUGGCACACAGUUAACCCUUUGAUUGCUCCACAUGUUAACCCCUUCCUGCCCAGUUGCCAUUAGUACAGUGUCAGUGCUUUUUAUUAGCACUGAUCACUAUAUUGGUGUCACUGGGGAUGUCAGUGACACCAAGUCAGUUCCCCCCAGUGUCAGAAUGUCUGCCGCAGUCCUGCUACAAGUUGCUGAUUGCCGCCAUUACCUGUAAAAAUCAAAA